AUGCCUUAUUCACAACCAUCUUCUUCUUCCUCAAAUAAUAAUAAUCGUUUUGUAUUUUCAACAGGUCUUGGACCCACUUCUACUUUGCAACCAUUACCUUCUGGAAAUCAUUCACUAAGCGCUCAACAACAACAUUCCAACUCGACUCAACAACAAGGAUUGGUUGCUUCGAACCAUUCCUUAACGAGUUCCAAUUUUAACAAUUCCUUUCCUCAACCUAAUGGUAAUCCCAAUCAAGGUUCCAUGAAUCCAAGUUCAAACACGACCUCCAUACAAAUGCAAUUUCAACAACAAUUGCAGCAAUAUCAACAACGAUUAUUGGCGAACAAUGUCAAUCCGUCACAACCAUCUUCAUCGAUGAAUGGAAAUUCCAAUCCUUCGACACAUGCCAAUUCGAACAAUAUUCAAGAAGAAGAAUUAAUGGAUUGGAUUAAUGAUGGAUCCACCUCUCGACUUUUACAACAAGAGUUACCACCUUUCGAAGAUUUUGAAUUUGGUUGGUUUAAUCAAUACGAACAAGACAAUCAAGCUGCUGCGACGGCUGCUGCUCAAAUGCUCAUGUCACAACAACUCUUGAACAAUGGAAAUGGUACCAUUAAUAAUGGAAAUUUGAAUUUACUUGCCACGAACACCAAUAAUGGACAAGGUUCCAUUCAAGUAAUGAAUCCAUCUAAUUAUGCAGCACUCAAUGCUCUUGCUGCUAAUAUUCAAGCUCAACAACAAAAUCCAAACCAACCCUUUGGAAUAUUAACAAAUCCAACAAAUGGAGAUGAACUUGCUGCUCAAUGGAAUCUUUCCAAUGAACAACAAAUGGGUGAUCUGAAUGAUCCACAAUCCAUACCUCUCAUGUACGAUGGUUUGAAAAACAUGUCCAACAAUGCAGCUGUGUUUGGAGGAAUGAGUUCACUGUACACCAAUCACACCAUUUCAACAACAGAAUCAAAGGGCAUGACAAGUAUCACUGCCUUGGCCAAUAGUUUGUCAUUCAAUGCUGAUAACUCACCCCAAGGAAAGAAAGGAAAGAAAAAUAAGAAGAAUGUGACAUCGACGAAUAGUGCACCGUCGAUGGAAUACAAUGGCCAACAAUCUCAAAUGGAUUCGAGUUGUCCACUUUAUGCCUCUUCUUCGUUUGACUCUUUUGUGGAUUCUCAAUUCGAGGGACAAAGUAUUUUGGAUUUGGAUGAAGACACACUCAGAGAUUAUGUCUACCUGUUAAUUAUUGGAGAGAAGCCAAAGAAAGGAAGUCGAUCAAAAUCACCAGCACCUUUUGAAGAAGAAGAUUUUUCAAAGCUGUUGGAUGCGAAAGCGAGACUUUGUGCGACUUUUGAGCAAUGUAGAAAGGAUAACAUGAGUGUUGUGAAUUCUUUUAUGAGUCAAUACACUCCAUCUUUGGACAUCAAUGCUGACAAUUCUCUUAAUAAUGACAUGAAGGAAUUGUUUGCAAAGGUGAAAUCUAAGUUGGAAAUGAAGAAUGAGACAAAUAAGAGACAUUGUGAACAAGUUUUGGUGAGAUUGUUGUCUGAAUGGGUUUCCGUGGCCAAGUCAAAUUCAAGAUCAUCAGAUCGAGCAAGUAGCAAUGAUUCUUCCAGCAACUCAAAGAAGAAACAAAAAAGUACUAACAGAAGACUCCCUAACGAAGCAAAGAAGAUAUUAGAGAAUUGGUUCUUGGAACACUAUAGGCAUCCUUAUCCAACCAAUGAAGAAAAACAAUGGUUGAGCGACCAAACUCAAUUGAAUCUGACACAAAUUAACAAUUGGUUUAUUAACAAAAGAGGAAGGUCAUUAAAAGUAGUGAAAGAAAAACUUAAGGGAGAGCAACAAAACUCUGACAGUGAAGAAUAA